AUCUCUUAUCAGUUCACAGACUACAGAAUUGAGAAAAGACGUGUGUAGAUUCAAGCUCUGUGAAUCUGAUAAGUAAUCCUGUUUUGGCGUAAAAUUUGUGAAAGAGCUGAAUUUCUGAGCAUUUGCGAUGGAAAUGGUGGAGACUGAUCCACUUGUAUCUGUGAAGCAAGAGAUCGAGUAUGUAUGCGUUAAGCAAGAAUCUCCGGAUGUGCAGGAGUGGGAGGUGCCCGACGAUUGGAAUGAUGCGCAGGAUCCACUAAGCAUCGAUAAAGAGGAAUGUCCAUCUUCAGAAGACCAUCUUACGUCCAGUACAUUCAAUAUUGUCAAAACAGAGAAUGAGGACAAUGAGGGGCACACAGGGAGCAAUGAUGACGGGGAGGAUUAUUCAUCAGAAAACUUCAUCGGAUGUAGCACAUUCAAUAUUGAGAAGACUGAGGAUGAGGAAAAUGAGGAGGCAGUGAGAGAGGACCACAUGGAGGAGCUCAAACAAGAAGUAGAAUCGACAAGUAGUGGCAGUGAACCCAAAAGUACUGUUUCCAUUGGUGCGGAGGAUGACAAGAGUAAUGACGACAGCAGCUGUUUGGUUACCAACAUUUCCCUGGCUGCAGGAACAGGCAGCGGGGAACAAUGCACGACAAACGAGGAAGCAAGUUGUGGAAAUAAAAAUGGUGUAAUGCCUAUGGGGCACGGAUGUAGCAUCUGCAAGAAGACGUUUACACAGUUGCAGGAAAUGAAGGAGCACACGCACGUGGACAGACGUGAACGUCUACGUUCGUGCAGUGUGUGCAACAAAACAUUCACAACAGGCGCCAAUCUAAAGAGACACUUCAGAGUGCACACUGGUGAACGCCCAUUCAGCUGUAGCGUUUGCAACAAGACGUUCAUACAAAAUGGAGAUCUGAAGAAGCAUUCGUGGUUGCACACUGGCGAACGCCCAUUCAGCUGCGGGGUUUGCAACAAGGCAUUCGUACAAAAUAGUGACCUGAAAAAGCAUUCUCGGUUGCACACUGGUGAGCGCCCCUACAACUGUGAAUUCUGUCAUAAGAGAUUCAGAAACAUAAGCAACUUGAGGGAACAUUCGCGAGUGCAUACUGGUGUAAAACCAUACAACUGCAACAUUUGUCAAAAGAAAUUCUCAUAUGAGAGCAACUUGAGAAAACACUUACUGCUUCACAUGAGGAAAUGCCCAAAUACUUGAGAAGUGUUUCCAAAGACAUUCACGAGCUGCAAUGGGAUAAGAUGUCAGUUUCGCACACAAAUCACAUCAGCAUAGCCUAUAAAUAUACUUUAAACUGGUGAACACAGUUGUCGAUGUGAUUGCAUCAUAAGAAGUUCUAGAGCAGAAAUGGCUUAUCAGUGUGUGAAAUUUCACAUCCGGUAUGUUCAUAUGUCUGCUUGUC